AAGAACAGCACUCCACAGCACCAUUCUUGGCCGCCGGAACCACUGACGAGCGCACCAAAACUCAAGGAGGCACAUAGUUCCCACCCCAUAAAGCAAGUGAACGGCAAUAACAACCUAUCACGAUCUCGAUGUCAGCUUCUUAACAGUUUGCCGCUUAUUGACCACCAGAGCCAGCGAUCUUAGAUUAACUUUGAAGAAUUCUUCUUCAUUAAAUCGUGCUUUUUUAGCGGAUUAGUGCGCAUGUCAAACGGGGUUUAAUUCGGUGUGAAAGUUGACUCUAUGAGCGAAAGUUUCUGAACAUGUCUGAGCCGGAAUUUGUUGCGGGAUCGACUCAGACCGAUCGUGGGGAUGAGAGUGAAAGCAAUGCGGACUGCACGGAUAAUGAGGGAAAUGGACAUGUUCUUAUCAAUGUUUUUCAACCUACGGUACUUAAGGCUAAUGCUCAGGACAUGAACCGGAAAGAAUCCAGACUGGAGGCGAAUGGAAUCAGAGCUCAAACUUUGGAUCUAAUAAAAGAUCAACCGAUUCCCAAAAACACAAUCGGCAUUCAGUCGCGCUCUAUAGGAGUCGGUACGUAUCACGAAAGUUACGAAGACGUUCCAUCGUGCAGCCAAAAUUCGUGCAAGGAAAUCGAUGAAGACACUGUUAUAAGGAGAAGAUCGUUGGUGCCGAUGAGCAGCAUGGAGGAGGAGAAUCUGAGGGAGCGCCUGCAUUUGGCUCAACUGAGACUGGCAGGUGAAAUAGUCAAUCGGGAUCAGAAGUAUACGCGCGAGGGGUUCAGAAAACUGCUUCAGUCUAAAGAUCUUUUGGAACAAACAUUCAAGUUAUUCGACCAGGACAGGACCCAGAGUCUGCCGCAGGAAAAUUGGAUCGAAUUCCUCAAGCAACGCCUGGCAAAUGAAAAACAGAUCGAUUUUGCAGAGCAAUUAGAAAGUGUAGCCUUCUGCCUUUGUGGAGAUGAACCGAUCAAAGUGCAUCAGUUUUACCAGAUUUUUAAUGCAAAAGGGAUAAGCGAUAAGUUAUUUCGACUAUUGGAUGAGAAUAAUCAAGGAACGGUAACAUCAGAGCAAAUAAUGGAAUUUCUGGCAACAAUAACUAACGCACGGCCGCGCACUGGCAUUGACCAAGCAAACUUGAAUAGACUGGAACAACUAUUCAGACAGACUGUUGGGAAUGAAAAGGAGAUUAAAAGGGAUGACUUUCAAAAGAUUGUUAUGUCGAAAAAUCCCUUUUUUACCGAAAGGGUGUUCCAAAUAUUCGACAAGGACAACUCCGGAUCGAUUUCCCUACAGGAAUUUCUCGAUGCAAUGCAUCAAUUCGCUGGACAAAGUCCGGACGAUAAAAUUCGCUUCCUCUUCAAAGUCUACGACAUUGAUGGUGAUGGUCUGAUUCAGCACAAGGAACUGCAGCAUGUAAUGCGAGCCUGUAUGGAAGAGAACGGAAUGCAAUUUAGCGAAGAACAAAUUGAAGAUUUAACUGUGGCGUUGUUCGAAGAUGCGGACACUAACAAUCGGGGUGCCAUCACUUAUGAGGCCCUUAAAAGUCAGCUGGAAAAACAUGGGGGCUUAUUGGAGAACUUAUCUAUAAGUAUAGACCGAUGGUUGGUUCCACCUGCAACAGCCACCCCAAAAUCUAAGUCUCUAUUCCGGAAAAUUCUGUCUUAUAGACCGUACUACCUCACCAUGCCAUAUAUUCGGAACAACAUGAUCUACCUUAUAUUCCUCUUUGGAUUCAUUAUGGUCAAUUGCGUUUUAUUUGUGUCCAGAUCGAUACAAUACAGGAACUCCAAUUGGUAUACAAUAUUUGCCCGAGCAUGUGGACAAUGCCUGAACUUUGAUUGCGCCUUUAUUUUGGUAUUGAUGCUACGUCGAUGUAUAACCUUUCUGAGAACAAGGGGAUAUGGAAGUCUUUUGCCCCUGGAUCAACACAUAUACUUUCAUAAAGUCACUGGAUGGUUAAUUUUUGGACUUAGUUUUUGGCAUUCGUUGAUGCACACUUUCAACUUUACUUUAGUGGUUGUGAAUGAUCCAGUAAUCAACAGCAACAACUUUACAACUACUGAGUGGCUUUUCACAACCAAGCCAGGGUUGUUUGGUUUGAUUGGUGGCUGCGCUAAUCCAACUGGGGUGGCUUUGUUUAUUAUUCUUCUCAUCAUGUUCUUAUGUUCCCAGUCCUUUGUUAGGAGGGGAGGUUGUUUUGAGGUCUUCUACUGGACGCACCUUAUGUACAUCCCGUUCUGGAUAUUGCUGAUACUACAUGGACCAAAUUUUUGGAAAUGGUUCAUUAUACCUGGCUUGGCUUAUUUAGUCGAGCGAAUAUCAAGGAUGGACUCCAUGUCGAAUAAAGGCAAAACUUACAUCAGCUCAGGACUAUUGUUGCCAUCCAAAGUAACGCACCUUGUUAUCAAGCGACCCACUCAAUUCGACUUUCAUCCUGGGGACUACAUUUUUGUUAAUAUCCCAGCUAUUGCUAAAUAUGAGUGGCAUCCUUUCACAAUCAGCAGCUGUCCUGAACAAGAAGAUUACAUGUGGCUGCACAUCAGAGGGGUGGGCCAAUGGACCAAUCGCCUCUAUGAAUACUUUGAAAAAGAGCAGGUGAAACUGCAUAACGGCGAAGUGAAUCCUGUGCAAUCAUGUUCAAAGGGGCAGGAACUGAACGCGCCGGUAAAUGGAAAUCAGACAACUUUGACUCAAAUUAAGGCAUCAAUCACACGGACUUUGUCCAGACGAGAGAAAGAUACCAAUGAUAAUAAAAAAUCUGGUGUUCAGCUAGUAGGAUUUUCCAAUGAAACGUUUGAACACAACGAAGAAGCUGAGUUGCCUCAGAGUGAUGCCGCGCAACGAUCCUUUAGCAGUACUUCAGAUUUACCGAACAAGCCGAGGAAGAUGUCUCCAGAAAACCGUUUGCAGCGAUUGGUUUUUGCCAAAAGAGCUCCUUUAGAAAAGUCGUUGUCUCUACCAGAUGUUCAAAAUAAUGCAAAGAAGCGUGAGCGAAUGUUAGCAUUAAGAGAAUAUAUGCGCUCCGAGUCAGAAAAGAGUUUUGAUCAAUGCCAAAUGCGGAAGGCAAGAAUGAAAUCCUUAGGUCUGGCUUAUCUGAGCCCUCAGAACAAAAGCUUAGCGCAGAGCUUUAGGUACAUGAGAAACAAACCCACUAUCAUCGCCUUUAAAACCCCCAGUUUGGAGAACUGUGACAAGAGGGACUCUAGUAACUCUUUCGCGUCCUCCGUAGUUGGCCACAGCAGUCCUUUUAGAUACUACAGUCCGGAAAGAAGUGCAGAGGAAGGCCAUUCGUUUCAACUUCACGAUAUUACAGCCGCUGAUCCGAAAUUGAAACACAUUAACUAUCCGGUUGGGAAACCGAUGGAGGCGAAACACCUUAAUGAUUGUCUGGUGCGCUCUAGGAGCCAGGCCAAGUUUGCCACAGAUAUCAAAGUAAAAUACUCGAACCAAAUCGGUACUGAGAUUUUCCUAGAUGGACCUUAUGGGGCACCCUCUAGUCACAUUUUCCGCGCUCAACACGCAGUGCUUAUUGCAACCGGAAUUGGAGUUACUCCAUUUGCCUCAAUUUUACAGUCGAUUAUGCACAGAUAUUGGAAAGCGCGACACACCUGCCCUAAAUGCAAGUUUUCAUGGGCUUGUGAUAUUCCAGCUACUGUAAUGAACUUGAGAAAGGUGGAUUUCUUCUGGAUCAACCGAAACCAGCGGUCUUUCGAGUGGUUUGUAAAUCUGCUAUCGCAGCUUGAGAUUGAGCAGGCUGAAUUGGGAGGUGCCAUGGAACGAUUUUUGGAAAUGCACAUGUAUAUUACCAGUGCCUUACAGAAGACCGAUAUGAAAGCUGUGGGGCUUCAACUGGCUCUGGAUUUAUUGCACGAAAAGGAAAAGCGAGAUCUGAUAACUGGACUGAAAACCCGAACGAACGCAGGCAGGCCUAAUUGGGAUAAAGUUUUCAAACAAAUAUCAGAUCAGAAAAAGGGCAAAGUUACGGUUUUCUACUGUGGACCGCCGCAGCUUGGCAGGAUUUUGAGAGUCAAAUGUAACCAGUACGGUUACAUUUUUAGAAAGGAAAGUUUUUAGCACGUUUGACCAUUAUUCAUAUGGUGUAUCUAUAGAUUUUGUAAAAAGCUGUUGAUUGUAAUAUUGUAAAUAUCAUAUUUAUUUUAGAUAUUCUACAUAGGAAAUAUAAAUUGAUUGUAUUAAUAAAAUGUACACACGUUGUUAUUGUGCCUUAAAUGCAAACAUAUAUGAGAAAUAGUGUUUAUAUUAGUUUAGCAUUUAUUUGUAAUAUACAUAUUCCUAAAGAAAAAUUAAGAUUA